GGUCGGCAAUAUAUAGAGAAAAGCAGAAUGCGGCUUCGACUAUCCGGCGCGACGCUUCUCGCGGUAGUCUCUCUAUCGCGUUGCCACGCAUACUUUGCGGGGGAGCAGAUCGUCCGGGCCAAGCCGGGGACCGCCUCCAUCGAUGUUCGGGGAUGGCGCGCAGCCACAAGCACAAGGCCGCUCGGGAAAGACUCUCGGCCCGUGCCGACCUGCUUGUUUUCGUCCUCGUCGGAGGCAGCGGAAGCGCCGUCGGGGGAGCUUCUGGCGGAAAUCGUAACCCUCUGCGGAGCCGACGAAUUCGGAAAGGCCAUUGAGGUCUUGCAGAAAGAAUCAACGGGCGCUCACCUGAAAUCCUGCUACGCAACAAUUUUGAAGAGCCUGGCCAAGCGAGAAGAGCAGGUAGAGGAGCAACGAAGACGGGACAAGGCCAGCGUCGGCAUUGCGAGCAGCCAGUCCGCGAGCGAGAAGGAACCCGACCGACACCUCCUGGCCGGAAACAUACUGGAUGCGCUUCUGGAGCUGGGAGAUUCCAAUGACGAGUUGCUGCCGACGAACGAGGACUUCAACACGGUGAUCAAGAUGUGGGGUUCGUCGACUUAUCUGGAGAACGCGUCGACAAGAUGCGCAGCAUCUGUCGAAGAACUGUGGCGCCUGUACGACAAAAAACGAGAAGAGCGGUAUGUUCCGCUGAAGGAGAGCUACCUGUACACUAUCAAAGCUUGUUCGCAGAGAGAUCGCAGUGGAGAUGCAGCGAAGCUAGCCGAGCGCAUGAUGUCGAAGAUGAAAAGCUUGAGCGAGGAUUACCCCCACCUGACACCCGAUCGAUCCAUUGCCAACGAAGUGAUGUAAGUUGUGCCCGUUCCGAGACGACCAGUCGUACCAUAUAUUGUCGCGUUGCGUUGUUUUGUGUCGCUUCGCUUCGUAUGAAGUAGCUAACAAUGCUCAUUCUGUCGUGAUCAUUUAGAAAUGCCUGGGGGAAGUCGGGCCGGAAAUACGAACAAGGCCUAAGGAGCCAAUCAGUGCUCGAGAAAAUGAUCGAAAACGCCACUUCCGAAGACCGCGACGGAGAGAUGAUCCCCGAUACAAAGUCCUUCAACAUUGUGCUGAAUGCAUUGGCACAAGGAAGGGAAAGGGAGUCGGAAGUCCGAGCGGAAGAAUUGCUCCAGAGGAUGGAAGUGCUUAGUUUGACAUACGAUUGCAAACCAGACAACACCUCGUUCAACACGGUCCUCAACGGCUGGGCUUCGAGCAGGCACCGAGGAUCCGCACAGAGAGCUAUCGCUAUCCUGGAACACAUGAAGAAACGCUACGAUGCGGGACUUACAAAAGUCCAUCCCGACGAGUCCACUUAUAACACUGGUAAGACGCCGUAGACCGAAACAGGGAAAGGCUAGAUCGAAGCUUCCAGUGAUUUUUCAAUUUUUUUCUUUCCUCAAAAUGCAGUUAUGGGGUGUAACUGAUUUUAUUCUUCGUCAUCUUUACUACUCUAUCGCUAUCAAAGUUUUGAAGGCCUUGGCAAAAUCAAGGGAUGAAGAUGCAAUAAAUCAAGCCGAAAGUAUCUUCGAGGAAUAUCUUGAAGCUUGUGAAAGUGGGAAGUUGAACCUAUCUCACAAUGCUUUCACCUAUAACUCGAUGAUGAAUUGUUACGCAAGAAGCAAUCAUCCGGAGGCAGCAAAACGGUCGAUGGAGCUUUUCGAAACAAUGAAAGCCAACAGUGGAAAACCCGGGUGGGAGCUUUGCUUUGUUGACGUCUUCACGUACAAUACGUUGAUAAAUGUCAUUUCAAAAGAAGAAUCGUACGACGCUUCCGAACAAGCGAUAUCUCUUCUGAAGGAGUUUGAACAAUCCUUUGCAGAGACCGGAGAUGUACGCUUCCGACCGAACAUUCGAUUGUACACAUCUGUAGUCAAGGCCAUCGGUCGAAGCAAAAAAAACACACAGCGGGCGCAAGAUAUCGUCGACCGCGUCGAAUCGUCGUACAUCAAGGGACUAACGCACUGGGAGGGCAAGCCGGAUGUUUCGUUUUACAAUGCAUUGAUCAACGCAUACGGAUGGUCCGACAUGGAAGGAAGAUCGGAAAAGUGCCUCGGCGUCCUAAAACACAUGGUCUCCCUCUUUGAAUCCGGAACCCUAGACGACGCGAAACCAGAUACCGUGUCCUUCAACUCGAUUCUCAACGCCUGUGCCCACGAAACAGCGAAGGGCCAGAGCAAGAGUGAUUCCAUCAUGAAAAUAGCCGUAGAGACCUUUGAUUUGCUGAAUAGUUCCACCGAAUACGGCAACCCCGAUCAGAACACGUACGUGCAGGUUUUGAUUUGCGUUGCUACUCACAUGGCGAAGAACGACGAGAAGCGAUCGUCCAUGGCGGAGGCCACUUUCCUGCAAUGCGCGGCACGGGGGCUCGUUGGUCCCAACAUAGUGGCGAAGCUGUUUGCUGCAGUUUCGAAUAGACAUUUUAAGGCUCUGAUGGGACCCGCAUCGUACGGAGGCAGCAAGCUGCGGUUCGAUAUGGCCAAGCUGCCAUCGGAAUGGACGCAAAACGCUGGUUCCCGCCAACGGCGUUCCAGCAGCCGCCGGAGGCAACAGAAUUUCCAGGUGACCAAAAACGUAAUUAGCAAUUCGAAACGACGGAAACAAUAAAAAUAUUACCCAACGAACUAUUUCCGUGCCCGUAAGGCAACAAUAGAAACAAAAAAUAACC